UCAAGGCUUCCAAUUAGAAGAGGGCUGGAUUACUUUUAGUGUUUAUGAGAACAAAAUCAGGGUUUUUUAUAAACAAAUCAUUCAUGGUCAAGAACUAACUGACUUCUGGGAACCUCAAUCAAUCACUUAUUACCGAAAAGAUUUACCUAAGAAAUGCCCGGUGAUUUUCACUUUCACCAAAGCCGACCAAGUAGAGAAAAUCGGCAACCAAUGA